AUGGCUUUAAGUAUAUGGGCAACUCCAUUACUCUAUGAACUUUUACCGAAUCCAACUUGGUUAAUAUUUCUUUUUGUUUUUAUUGCUGUUAUACGCUCUUUAAAAAUAUUUGAUCCGCCUAAUAAGCCUGAAGUUGUCUAUUCGAGAAAUUCUACGAAAAGUAGUAAUUAUUCGAUUGGUGACGUUUUGGAAAAAUGCGAAAUUCUUCACGAAAUAUAUUCACCGCCGUUAAUUUGGGGUCGUAAUGGACAUAUUCAGACUGCUGCUUAUGGAUUGCUUGGUCAUGCAUCUUUGAAACGAACAUAUGAUAAAAGGCAUGUCAUAGAACUUUCCGAUAAUUCGUCAGUUCUUUUUGAUGUUUUUGAACCGAUAAAUACUCAUCCAUCUGGAGGCGACUAUACCCUGGCAUUAUGUCCAGGUAUAGCGAACACAAGCGAAUCAAAUUAUAUUCGUACUUGUGUUCAUUACGCUCAGGAGAAAGGUUAUCGAUGUGCUGUGCUUAAUCAUCUUGGCGCACUUCCUCACGUUCGUCUCACAUCAAAGCGAAUUUUUUCUUAUGGUGGAACUGAAGAAUUGGAGGCUAUGAUGAAUCGUCUUAUCGAUCUUUAUCCGAAUACUCGUUUCAUAUCGAUUGGCUUCAGUAUGGGUGGCAACAUUACUACUCGAUAUUUAGCUUCAAUGGAUUUUCAGGCAGUCAAAAAAAUCAUUAUUGGUUUAUCAGUGGGACAAGGUUAUUGCGCUACGCGGUCAUCUGCUCUUUAUCAUGAUUGGGAGAACUGUCGUAGAGCCUACAAUUAUUUUAUUACGGAAAAUAUGAAGCGACUAUUGAGCAGAAAUUACGAAAUGGCCGUUUUACCACAUGUUUUGGAUGGUACAAUUGAUGAACAACGUCUGUGGUCUGCUACUUCAAUUGUCGCAUUGGAUGAGUCUUAUAGUCGUCGGAUUCUUGGAUAUUCAUCAGUGGAGGAAUUUUACGCAUCUUGUAGUUGUUUACCAUUCAUUCCGAAUUUUAAAUUUCCUAUGGUUUUUUUGAAUGCGUUCGAUGACCCGCUUAUUCCAUCAUGUCUUUGGACUCCUAUAAAAGAAAUUGCUUCUAAAAACGAAUAUAUUGGAUUUAUUCUGACGAAACAUGGUGGCCAUCUUGGCUUCCUUGAAGGGAAUUCCAUAUCACCCAAUUCUGUCACUUGGCUUGACCGUUUCAUUGUCCAAUUAGCAGACGCAGCCGUUUUAACUUAUGAUACAACGGCUAAGCAUUGA